CGAAUCCCCAACUUUUGCCCUUCAACCACGAUCUUCAUUCCUUCAGCUACUUGCCUAGAGUCUACACCCACCUUAUAAUGUCUUUCAAAUCUCUUCAGGAGCGGUAUGAGGCUGCAGGUCAAGGCCACCUCCUUCAGUUCUGGUCCAAACUCUCAGAGGCCGAACGCACCUCUUUCCAGGAGCAACUCAACGCACUCGACAUCGAACGCGUCAACCGCAUCUACCAGAAAGCCGUCAGCUCAGAGGAAGCGACAUCUAAAGGUGCCGUCGCCGAAGAGGUACAACCGCUACCCGAGGAAGCGAGCGACUCUACAUUUGCGAACAGCACGAAGAAUGCCGAAUGGCGGAGCACUGGUCUCAGGGCGAUCGCGAACGGCGAGGUCGGCGUUUUGUUGAUGGCGGGCGGGCAGGGCUCGCGUCUGGGCAGCUCAGCACCAAAGGGGUGUUACGACAUCGGCCUUCCCUCGCACAAGACGCUCUUCCAAUACCAGGCAGAGCGCAUCGCACGUUUGCAGCAGGUGGCGGAGCUCGAGGCCGACAAGCCCAAGGGUUCCGUGAUCGUUCCCUGGUACAUCAUGACUAGCGGGCCCACGAGGCCGGAGACUGAGAAGUUCUUCAAGAAGAACUCUUACUUUGGUCUCAAUCCUAAGAAUGUUGUUUUCUUUGAGCAAGGCACUCUUCCUUGUCUGACCAUGGAGGGCAAGGUCCUGCUCGAGAGCCCCUCUCGUGUCGCCGUCGCACCCGAUGGUAACGGUGGCCUCUAUGCCGCUCUUCGUGCACCCCUCUCUCCCUCCGACAAAUCUCGCAGCGUCUUGUCCGACCUCACGGCACGGAAGGUCCUCUACGUGCACGCCUACUGCGUCGACAACUGUCUCGCCCGCGUCGCCGACCCUGUCUUCAUCGGCUACUCCAUCUCCAAGCAAGCCGACUGCGCCGCCAAGGUCGUCCCCAAAGCUUCUCCCCACGAAUCCGUCGGCGUCAUCGCCCGGCGCGGCGAGAAAUACGGCGUGGUCGAGUACUCCGAGAUCACGAAGGAGCAAGCCGAAAGACGAGACGCGAACGGCGAGCUCGCCUUCCGUGCGGGCAACAUCGCGAACCACUUCUACACGACCGCGUUCCUGCACGAAGUCGCGUCCUUCGAGGACGACCUCGCGUUCCACAUCGCACGGAAGAAAAUCGCGCACGUGUCACUCGAGAGCGGCGAGAUCGUGAAGCCGUCGAAGCCGAACGGCAUGAAGCUCGAGCUGUUCGUGUUCGACGUCUUCCCCCACACCAAGCGCUUCGCCGUCCUCGAGGUCGCGAGGAACGACGAGUUCAGUCCGCUCAAGAAUGCGCCCGGAACGGGCUCGGACGAUCCUGAUACCAGCAGGCGCGAUCUGCUCGCGCAGCAUAGGAGGUACUUGGAGAAGGCGGGAGCGAAGGUGGCGGAGGGCGUCGAGAUUGAGAUUUCGCCCCUCGUGUCCUAUGCGGGUGAGGGCUUGGAGUCAGUCAAGGGCAAGACGUUUACGCGGUCGGGUCUUGUUAGUGCGGUGGAGGAGUUUGAUACCUUGGUUUGAGCGUCAAGGACCUUUGAGGAUAAUUUCGGAAAGGAUGUCAACGGCGGGGUUGUGUGUCGUUGGUACCCAGGGACUGUAACAUGAAUCGGACUGGACAAUCGGAACACUUUAAAUGUGGACUUUACGUUUUGGCUUGUGCAUUGUUUCCCGUCUUGUCACUUGCAUCUUACAACAUACAAAAACUCAUACCAUACAAUCUUCGUACACAUUGCGAAGUAAUAUUCUGUUCGU